AUGGACAGUUUAAUAAAGGAAACUACUCCCCAGUUAUCACGGAAAAGGACAAAACAAAAAGAGGAUUGGAAAUGCAACAAAUUGAAGAAGGAAAGGUAUACUCCAAAAGAACCACCAAAUUUAAGACUUCCAUAUGACCACUACACCAAAGCAUACAGGUGCACUUCAUUGAAUCAUACCGACAUAAUAGCAUUUAAUAAAGCUUUCUACAAAAAGACGUACAAAAUUUAUCAGGAUAAUUUUAUAAUUAAUUAUACAAAAGUUACUACUACUCAGCGACAUCGGCCAGUAAAUCAUCGUGGAAAUAAAAAACAAAUGGCGGUAACGUACUAUGCACGACGAGGUCACAAUGUUCUGAUUCCAAUUUGCAAACGCACACUUCUCUCUAUUUUAGCUUUGAAGAAAGGUGUUCUUAAUCGGAAUUUCAAGCCCAUGGGUGAAAUUGCACAAGAGAAUAGAGGAGGACGACGUAAAACACAAAUAUGCACCUAA